AUGAGCGGUGAUCGAUCUGUGACACCCGCUCACCGCUGGCCUGUCACUGCCUAUCCCGCCAACCCAACUCGCUCGAGAGCCAGUCAGCCAACGUCAUCGGCUACCGGUCUUCGAGCUUUCCGCAAGUUUUCUUGGUCACUUCAACUGGAAACAACAGCAAUCAUUAUGGAGUGCUCAUUCGGAAUUACUGGUAAAGACUACGUGAUCUUUGCAUCCGAUUCGUCUGCUAAUCGAAGCAUCGUGAGGAUGAAAGCAAACGCAGACAAACAAAAGGUCGUUUCGAAGCAUGUCGUGAUGGCCUACUCCGGAGAACCAGGAGACACCGUCCAAUUUGCGGAGUACGUCGAACGUAACUUGCGUCUGUAUGGAAUCAGGAAUCACGUAGAUCUUCUACCUCACGAAGCCGCCUCCUGGACUCGUAACCAGCUAGCCUCCUCGCUCAGGUCCCGGAACGCCUACUCGGUCAACUUGCUCCUGGGCGGCUUCGACACUGCUGAAGCAGUGCCGCUGCUCUAUUGGAUCGACUACCUGGGAACGAUGGCCCAGGUACCUUACGCUGCCCAUGGCUACGGCGCCUAUUUUUGUCUCAGUACGAUGGACAGAUUCCAUCGUCCGGAUAUGGACCUUCAGCAAGGCUUGGAAUUGCUCAAACGAUGCAUCGAUGAGUUGAGCACUCGAUUUAUCGUCAAUUUGGGAACCUUUAAGACUCGGGUCUCGCCGGACAGCAACAACCUCGCCGUGGCGACAAGUUUUAGAAUUUAUCUUCAACACAACCGAGUCCGGACCACCUGCACGCCGCCAGAAUCAAAACCAACCAAGAACUGCCAUCGCGAUUUCUCGUUAACAACUCAGAAAUCACCCAACCCCCGCAAUUCCCCAACCGAUUGUACACGCAAGAUGAUCGGAAACUUCAUCAAUAUCGUUUUACCCGUGGCUGGUCUGAUGGGAUUUUCAACAUCGAGCUUUAUGCAUUAUGCGUUCGAUGCCGUCCUGUUCAGUAUAUAUUUUAACUCGUUUGUCCCCGUCAAACUGAUCACUAGUCCGGCAGUCUCUAAGAUCCAAAAUAAAGAACUGCGUCAAGUAAUCUUCAUGGGUAGAUCGAGUAUCUUCGAACGCCGAUAA